AAUGGAAUGUCUCUUAUUAAAAUUAAGCGAAAAGAUGAAUUUACAAGUACCCGAAGUCAACUUGAGUGUCUUACCUUACGGAAUUGACGAAGAGUCGAUUAACUUGGAAUAUUUUUCAGAGGACGAAUUCUAUGUUACCGUUGAAAAGAAGCGUUUAGAAAAAUUUUUUAGGCCUAUUUUUAGAUCAUUUCAACCUUACUUCCUUGAGAAGAGAGACUCUUUCUCUUCGCUUAGAAUCAUCGAUGGAUCGAAGAGGAAAAAGAACUCUACAGAAACUUAUAUAUUCUCGCCAAAGAAGCUAUUCGACGAAAUUCAAAUCGACACAUCAAUCUCUGAAGUUUUAAUACGAACUUCAACAUCUACUCAAAAGUUUGAUAUGAAGAAGAACGUCGCCAUUAGAUUAGCUAAAUGGCCUAAAUUGUGCAGAAAGUGGCUACAGACUGCCUCGAAAUUACUCCCUCAAAAUCUUUAUGCAGAUAUACUCAACUGCGGUAUUUUACUCUCCAAUUCAGAAGUUCAAGCAUUAACCUGGAAAAUCUGCUUUGAUGAAAUUUCCAUAAAACUUUUAAACUAUUUCUCAAUUAGUCAUCCAAACCUGAUUAAAGCCUAUACUAUAGUUUUAUUAACAAUUCAUCAAAAGUAUAAAGAGGAUAGACAAGAUAAAUUAGCCAAGAAUUUACGUCAACAACUACGUACUGUUGUUUUUAAUUUAGCAUUUAAUCUCGACCAUUCAGGAUCGAUUGAAGAGAAUUCGAUAAUAAUUCUAGAUAAAUACGCUAGAUAUUUGAAGGAAAAGAAUCUAGUUUCCUUCUUUAUGGACAAUGUUGAUUUGUUAAAAAUAUAUCAGGAAAAAGACAUUGAAAUCUGUUUAGAAACAAUUCAAAAGGUUAAACACUGUUUCGCCUAUUAUAUUCUCAAAAGACGAGAAGAGGCAGGGGCAAGUUAUCAAUUUUUGAGAAUGCUACCGGCAGUUAUAACCAAAGUUUUUGUGUUCUUACUUUUAGCAAGCCUCGCCCUCAGUGAAUCAACAGACAUAGGUGAUGUUUUGAAGAAGUGCGAUCUAGAGGACAUUAAAGACGCCUUGGACGUUUGCAGUGAAUGUUCAAGUUAUCUACACGCUUGUUUUCAGAUAGAUUGUGGUCAGGAUCUCUCUCACAAUCAAACGUGUAUAUUAGAACACGUAAAAAUAGCUGCAAUCAAUGACAAGGAUUGUAGCAUAUGUGUCAGUCUACAAUACAAAUUGGACAGUGGGUGCUAUAAGUUAGUGAUUGAAGAAUCAUUAGGUAAUGACAACUAUUGGACAAACUACGAGGAUUAUGAAGAUCAGAGUAGUGGUUAUAACUGCGGUAUCUUUGAACCACAGAAUGAUGUUGAUAAAAAAAAAAGGAAAAGGGACAACAAGAACAAUUUUAUGUCACACAAAAUCGUUCUGUAUAUUUUAGUCAGUGUUACCUCAUUAUUGUUUGUAGCGUCGUUAGUUUUAUGGUGGCGAAAGACAUCAAAUUAUGACGGCUAUGAGACGACUAGAGUAUAA